AUGUUAUCCUAUGUGUCCAUCCCCAGCAUGUUAUCCUAUGUGUCCAUCCCCAGCAUGUUAUCCUACGUGUCCAUCCCCGGCAUGUUAUCCUAUGUGUCCAUCCCCAGCAUGUUAUCCUACGUGUCCAUCCCCGGCAUGUUAUCCUAUGUGUCCAUCCCCGGCAUUUUAUCCUAUAUGUCCAUCCCCGGCAUGUUAUCCUAUGUGUCCAUCCCCGGCAUGUUGUCCUACGUGUCCAUCCCCGGCAUGUUAUCCUAUGUGUCCAUCCCCGGCAUGUUAUCCUAUGUGUCCAUCCCCAGCAUGGGCGGACUGACAACUCAUGGGGCCCCCGGGCAAUAG